AUGAGAAUUAUGAGCACAUCUUGUAUCUGCCCAGUCCUAGUUUGUCUCUGUUUUGUGCAGAGGUGUUAUGGAGCUGCUCAUCAUGGCUCCAUCAAGGUGACCAGAAAUCAAACCAAACACAUAGAAGGUGAAACAGAAGUGCACCAUCGUCCCAAGCGUGGAUGGGUAUGGAACCAGUUCUUUGUUUUAGAAGAACACCUGGGACCAGAUCCCCAGUACGUGGGAAAGCUACACUCCAAUUCUGACAAAGGUGAUGGAUCAGUCAAGUACAUCCUUACUGGAGAAGGGGCUGGAACUAUAUUUAUUAUUGAUGACACUACCGGAGACAUCCAUUCAACCAAAAGCCUAGAUCGAGAGCAGAAGACACACUAUGUGCUGCAUGCUCAGGCUAUUGACAGAUGGACGAACAAGCCACUCGAGCCUGAAUCUGAGUUCAUUAUCAAAGUGCAGGACAUCAACGAUAAUGCACCAAAAUUUACAGAUGGACCUUACAUUGUUACUGUGCCAGAGAUGUCUGAAAUGGGUACCUCUGUUCUACAGGUGACAGCUACAGAUGCAGAUGACCCUACCUAUGGGAACAGUGCCCGGGUGGUAUACAGUAUUCUUCAGGGACAGCCAUACUUCUCUGUUGACCCUAAAACAGGAGUCAUCAGGACCGCCUUGCAUAACAUGGACAGGGAAGCCAGAGAGCAUUAUUCCGUUGUCAUUCAAGCCAAAGAUAUGGCUGGGCAGGUCGGAGGGCUAUCAGGGUCAACAACUGUAAAUAUCACACUCACUGAUGUCAACGACAAUCCACCAAGGUUUCCUCAGAAACAUUAUCAGCUGUAUGUUCCUGAAUCAGCCCAAGUUGGAUCAGCAGUAGGCAAAAUCAAGGCAAAUGAUGCAGAUGCUGGCUCUAAUGCAGACAUGAAAUACACGAUCAUAAAUGGUGAUGGCUCUGGAGUGUUUUCCAUAUCCACUGACAAAGAGACACGGGAAGGAAUUAUUUCCCUGAAGAAGCCACUCAACUAUGAAAAAAAGAAAUCGUAUACACUUAAUAUAGAAGGAGCAAAUACACACCUUGAUUUCCGUUUUUCACAUUUGGGACCAUUUAAAGACGUAACAAUGUUGAAGAUCAUUGUUGGGGAUGUGGAUGAACCUCCACUAUUCUCUAUGCCUUCCUAUGUCAUGGAAGUUUAUGAAAAUGCGAAGAUUGGGACUGUUGUUGGUACAGUGGCAGCACAAGAUCCUGACAAUGCUAACAGCUUAGUAAGAUAUUUCAUUGACCAUAAUACAGAAGAAGAUAGGUAUUUCAUCAUUGAUGCUAACACUGGAACCAUUAAGACUGCCAAGAUCUUUGACAGAGAGGAAACGCCUUGGUACAACAUCACAGUUGCUGCUUCUGAGAUAGACAACCCUGGCCUGCUAAGCCAUGUUCCAGUUGAUAUUAGAAUCCUGGAUGUCAACGACAACCCUCCAGAGCUUGCCAGAGAAUAUGAUGUAGUUGUCUGUGAGAAUGCAAAGCCCGGGCAGGUCAUUCAGACUAUCAGUGCCACUGACAAAGAUAACUCUGCAAAUGGGCCAAGAUUCCAUUAUUCUCUUGAUGAAGGCCUUUCUUUGAAUCCCAACUUUACCCUAAGGGACAAUGAAGAUAACACAGCCAGUAUCCUGACCAGACGGAGGAGAUUCAGCCGAACUACUCAAGAUGUCUACUACCUCCCGAUUUUGAUUUCUGAUAGUGGAAUCCCUUCUCUCAGCAGCAGCAGCACCCUUAUGAUCAGGGUCUGUGCAUGUGAGAGAGAUGGGCGCGUUCGGACCUGCCAUGCCGAAGCUUUCCUUUCCUCAGCCGGUUUGAGCACAGGAGCCUUAAUUGCAAUUCUGCUCUGUGUCAUCAUUCUUCUGGCAAUUGUGGUCCUUUUCAUUACAUUAAGACGCAGCAAAAAGGAGCCCCUGAUCAUUUCCGAGGAGGAUGUUCGGGAAAACGUUGUCACGUAUGAUGACGAGGGUGGUGGAGAGGAGGAUACUGAAGCGUUUGACAUCACAGCCCUGCGGAACCCAUCAGCUGCUGAGGAGCUGAAGUAUCGGAGGGAUGUGCGUCCUGACGUGAAGCACGCACCUAGGCACCAGCCUUCUUCAAGCCUGAACAGUAUAGAUGUUCAUGAAUUUAUUAAACAAAGAUUGGCAGAGGCAGAUCUCGAUCCCAGUGUGCCUCCCUAUGACUCCAUACAAACAUAUGCGUAUGAGGGUCAUAGAUCAGAAGCCGGAUCCAUCAGCUCUCUGGAUUCAGUCACUACACACUCUGACCAGGAUUAUAAUUACCUUGGUGACUGGGGACCAGAGUUUAAGAAGUUAGCUGAACUCUAUGGAGAAAUAGAAUCAGAAAGAACAACUUAG